AUGUCCUACCCUUCGGAUGGGACUGGCCCCGGAGGUGGGUCACCUAACACACCGGGCCAGUUUCUCAACGAUGUGGCCCGUUCUUCAACGCCGAAGCUCCGGAAGAGCAAAGCACGACAGUCCCUACGUAUGGAUAUGAGCGAACCGGAAAGCCCUAUGGCAUCUCCAGUAUCUGGACCGGCUGUGAGCCGUCUUCCAGGUCCGGCCUCGGCUCCAGCUGCUGGUCCGGCUGCGAUCCGGCUUCCAGCUCCGACUCCGGCUCCAGCUGCUGAUCCGGCUCUAGUGCCAGCUGCUGGUCGGCGUAUAGUUCCACCUUCGGCCUCAAUUGCCGUUCCGACUACGGUUCCAUAUACAGCCCCAGCCUUAGCUCCUACUGCGGCCCCGACUUCACAGACGCCUGCAGCUUCAGCUGGUGGUUCAAAGCCGAAAGAGAAGCAAAUGCCAGAAGAGGAGGAUAUGGGGGCCUAUAUUUUCCAAAAGAUGCAAGAGGCAAAGGAGGCUUCGCGCAUCGCAGCCCAGGGCAAAACUAAAUACAAUCCCCCUGCGCAAAGAUCUUACUUCCAGUCGGGCUCUGGUUGGGAUGACGUCGUAGAAGAUGACAGCAAUGGGGGUGACACGGGUGUGAGAGUGAAAGCUGGGGACAUUGCAGAUGUUAAGGUCAGCGAGGACGUGGCGGAAGAUGACUACGUGAGUGACUGGGAAAGUGAGAAGGACGCGGAAAAAGAGAAGCCCAAGUUGCUCCACGAACGGUAUGUGGGUGAUGGUACCGGCGCUAGGAGAGUCAUUAGGGAGGUCAAAAAGGCAUACGAGUCAGACGAGGAAAAAGAAGAUAUCGCAAACACUUCAGACAUCGACGAGUCUGGCCAGCCUGUUCGUGUUAAAAACAAACACGAAGUGGGGCGCUACCGAGACAUGAAUAACCCUUUUACAUUCAGCCCCUUCACAAGUCAAGAGGGACAUAGGGCGGAUAAUGAAGCCGCUAUCGAGGAGUACGACCGGUUGCGGGACGACAAUGAAGGGAAAACGGACCCCACCAGACCACUGAAAUACAAACCAUACGACGAGGGAACGCUGCGCGAUACACGAUUCAUGGUCGCCCAGUUAUCUCAGUACAAGGACCACGCCAUAGCAGUGCUAGAUAACAAGGUCGAUAGGCACAGUAUGUUGAGGACGUACAUCGAAAAAGCAGGAGAGCCUGCGAUCCGCAAGGCUUUCAAUACCCUGCUGGAGUAUUACGACCAGGCAAGCAAAACAAAGAUGCGGCUACUCCGGGAAUUCCGUGCCCUGCAGAUCAAGGUGGAUGAUGACAAGCUGGCCAAGGAAGAGGUGGAAACAUAUCUCGCCCAGGCCGAAAAGAGGCUGCAUGAUCAAGAGAAAUCAGAGUUUGAUACGUAUCAACAAUUGAUGGAUGAGAAGAAGAAGAGAUCGAUGGACGAGCAUGAGCUGCAGAAACUCCGAGAUUUCAAGCAAGACGCGGACAGGCAACGCCUUGCAGCGGUAGCCUUGGCCACACACGCGUCCGAGGCCAAGAUCAAAGGCCUGGAGGAGAGAGUCGACGAACUCCAAUUCAUAGAUCAACAAAGGGAGGCCGACAUCGAGCAUUGGCGGCAAGUGCAAACCGAUCUCAAAAAGAAGGAGGAUUCUCUAUCUCGCUUGCAGGAAGAAGCUACUCGCAAAACCGAGCAGGCCGACCAGAUGUCGGAAUCCUUAAACCGAACGCUGAACGAUAUCAUGGAUACCGCGGCAGCGCUUGGCGUUCCUAUCAAAGGCGGCGCCGACCCUCAUGACAUAGGCGCAACAAUCCUUGAAGUCUUCGAUAACAUAUUGAACCUGUACGAAGACACCGAGCAACGACUUGUUCAAACCGAAGAAGCCAAGGACAAGGCAGAAGCAGCGGCCAAGGAAUCCGCCACACGAUCCCGCAGUGAAACAAUCCAGAAGCUCACGUCUGAAAACAACAAGCUUAAAGAACAGAGAGAUGAGCAAAAAAGAAAGGCCGACGCGUUUUACCAGAAACUCAAGAAAAAGGGAUGGCUUGAGCCGACCGAGGAUCCAUCGGCGUCACUUGCCCUCGACCAGAAGUCGUUGAAAGACCAACAAGAUCGCUGGGAGUCUGAAAAGAAUGCCCUGAACCAGAAAAUCACUAAUCUCAACAAAUCGAUCGAAGAAGCCAAUGUGGCGCUCAAGGACAUGAAGCUUAUGCAGGUGGAGAGGGAUUCUCUGGUCGAUCUACAACAACGUCAGGAAGGGGAUAUCAAAAGCUUGAACCAACAGGUUCUGGACCUCAAGCAAAAAUUGGCGAGCAAGGCCAGCGCCGGCGCCGAUCUGAAGGAUAUUCAGUCUUUGCGAUUGGAGAACAAGUCUUUGGAAGACCAGCGACAACGUGUGCAAGCCGAAAAGGAGGUCUUGCAGCAGCAGCUUUCUCAGACGAAGGCAAGGCUGGAAAAGGUGGAGACGACCCUCAAGAACACGGCGUCGCAAAAGAUGGAUUUGGAGACUCAAAGAAAUGAGUGGUCCAAGGCAAAGAAAGUCCUGGAGGAAGAGAUCAGCAGGCUCAAGAAGGAGGUUGACUUGGCCAGGAAGAAUUCCGCUGCGCCAACAAUCGUCGAGAUCAAACCGGAACCCAACAUUGCCGAAAGCAUCACUCGCGUCGAACAACUCAUGAAGGAGCAAAAACCUCAACUACCGCUGACCGCACGCGACUUCGUCCAAGGACUGGUUGCCAAGUUGAAGGACGCGCAGGGACACAAGGACUUGGAUGCCAGUGAGGAUGUCAUUCGUGAAUGCAUCGGCCUUCUCAAUCGUGUCUUGAAGGAGCCUGUCUUUGAUGAGAAGGACAAGGAGAUGCUUCAGACUUUGCAAAAUGAGUUGAAUGAGGCUCUGAGGAAGGGCAAGGAGGACCGCGAACAAAGCGCGCAGUUGCAGAGCAUCAUUGACAAAUACGAAGGCGAAAAGGAAAGCCUUGAGAAGGAGGUCAAGGUUCAUAAAGACGAGAUCAAGAAGUUGAAGCAGGAGAUCACUGAGAAGAAAACCUCACUGGCAAACAAGCAGCAAGAGAGAGAUAUGCUCAAGGAAAGCUACGAAGAGCAAAUCAAAAAUCUCAAUGCGGACCACAAAAAGGCUGCUGCGGAGCUGAAAGUCAAACACCAAAACGAGCUGACGCAGCUCAGAAAGGACGGCGACUUGAAAGAAACCAACCUCCUGCAGAAGUUAGACACACUCAGGCAGCAGAAUGAAAGUGAGAGGAACAGGCUUCAAGCCGAUUACGCCGCUGAGAAGGCGAAGCUCACGAAGGAUAUUGAAGCUCAGAAGAAAUUGGUGGCGCAGAAGGAGAAAGAUCUUGCGGAGCUCAAGUCCAAGAAAGAGAAGGAGAUCAAGGAGCUCACACAGAAGAAAGACGUUGAGAUCGCUACCCUCAAGUCCACCAAGCAAGUCGACAUGGAGCAGCUUAAAAACCGCCACCUCCAAGAGACUGAGAUCCUUCGCAAACAGCACCAAUCUCGAGUGGGAGAGUUGGAAAGUGAAAUCGCAACGAUCAAAGAGAAGUAUAAGAAGGACCUGGAUGAACUCUCCCGCAACAAUACCAGCCAGGACGCUAUCAAGCUAAAGCAGCACGAAAACGAACUCGCCAACUUCAAAGCGAAGUAUGAACAGGAAAAGAAGCAGCUCGCGGUCCAGCACAAAACUGAGAUGGAAAGCCUUACAGAUCGGUACCACGAAAAAGAGAAGCUUGCAACCCAAUACCAGGAACGUGUUCAGGCCCUGUCGGCGGAGCUCGCAGACAAGAAGACUGCGCUAGCAGAGUACAAAGAGCAGCUAUCGGCAAGUAAAGCUCAGCUUGACAAGCUCAAAGCGGAUCACGGGGUCAAGGUUGACGAGUUGCAAGCAAAACUCAAAUCGGAAGUCGCCAAGGUCACAGCUGAUUAUGAGGGCAAUCUUUCGGAGCUCAGGACCAAACAUCAAGGCGAAGUCAACGUCCUUAAAGUUCACCAUCAAGACGAAAUCAAGAAGUUGACGGCGGGACACAACGAAAAGAUCAGGAACCUUGAACACCGUAUCAAUGACUUGAAGGCUGAACUCAAGCAAGAUAGGGCAGAAUUCGAUAAAAAGAAAGCUCUCCUCGAGGGUGAGGUUGCAACUCUCCAGGGGAAGGUCGAUGACAAGUCCUCCAAGCUGAGCUCCAAGGAGGCCGAAUUCAAUGAGCUCAAAAAGCUGAACGAAGCCCAGAUUGCCGAGUUGAGAAAAGAUGUCGCCGACAAGUCCAAUUCCUUGCAGGACAAGCUUGAAGAGCUCAGUGACCUCAAAGGACAGCAAAAAACUAGGAUCGAAGACUUCAACGUACAAAUCAACGAAAAGAUGGCCCAGUUGUUGAAAGCCCAGAAUGAGCUCAAGGCGUCACAGGCAAGCCUCAACACCACCACUACAGAGUACGACGCCAAGAUCGCCCAACUAGAGAAAAGCCUCAAGGAAAAGAAGGAUGAGCUGAAGAGAAAAGAGGGCGCCGCAACCAGCUCGACGGAACAAAACACGGUCCAGCUCAACAAGCUCAAUGACGAUGUCAAGGAUAAGCAGAAGAAGUUGGAUGAGCAACAGGCUGAACUCAACAAUCUCAAGACAAAGCAUCAGGCAGAAACCACAGAUCUCAACCAGACCAUCAAAGACACAAAGGCCAAACUGAAACAGAAGGAGACUGAGCUCAUCGAUCUGAAAAAGAAGCACAAGGACCGGCUUGAUACACUGGAAAAGACUAUCGCUGAGAAACAGACCACGUUGGCUCAAAAGGAAACCGAACUGGAAAAUCUGAAGGCUCAGAACCGAACGAACAUGAUGAAUACAAACCGGGAAAUUGGCGAUAAGACCGCCGAACUUUUGAAGAAAGAAGGCGAGCUCAGGGACCUCAGGCAGAAGUACGACGAUGCCCAAAAAUUGGCCGAUGGAAGUAAGGAGAAGGACCUCGCAAUUGCACAAUACAAACAAAUCAUUGCGACGAAGACGAGCGAACUAGAAAAAGCGAAGAAGGACGUCGCAGCUCUUACUAAGGACGUUAACGAUCAGAAAGCCCGGAUCAAGGACCUUGAGAGCAGUGUUUCCAGCAAGAGAGCCGACCUAAAGAAGAAGGAAACUGAAAUUUCCGAUCUCAAACGACAGUACGAAGAGAAUAUCAAAAGGCUCAACAAUGACCUCAGUAGCCAGAAGGCCACGUUGACAGCCAAAGAAAAUGAGAUUGCUGCUCUAAAAUCCGGAAACGCAUCCCGUCUCAGUCGCGACAUCCAAGAGAAGGCAAGUGAGCUGGCGCAGAAGAACCAACUGGUUGCGAAUCUCAAGGUACAGCUCGAUGGCCUGCAGAAGAAGCAAAACGACCUACUUCAAAAAGGAAGCGAUGCCGCCAAGCUUCAAGCCGACGUCGACUCGCUCAACAAGAAGAUCAGCGAGAAGAGACAGAAAGUCACUGAGCUUGAGGGCAAGGUCAACAAGCUUGAUAGCGAGCUCGCGGAAGAGAAAGCGAGAGUGUCCAGGCGCGACAGGGAGAUUACUGACCUGAAGAAGGACGUGUCCGACGAGAAGGCCAGAACCACCAAGCGCGACAGGGAGAUUACUGACCUAAAGAAGGACGUGUCCGACGAGAAGGCGAGAGUGUCCAGGCGCGACAGGGAGGUUACUGACCUGAAGAAGGACGUGUCCGACGAGAAGGCCAGAACCACCAAGCACGAUAACGAGAUCGGUGGGCUUCAGAGUAAGCUGGAUGCCAAGCAAGCCUCGAAAGAGAUGCUUGAGCAAGAUAUCAAGGAUCUCAAGGCGAAGCAGGAGAAGGAGGUUGCCAGUCUGACCAGUCAGAUUCUUGCCAAGAGUAAGGAGAUUGUGGGUUACGAGCGCGAUCUCAGUUCCCUCAAAGCGGACUACCAGAAAGAGACCACCAAGCUGAAGAAUGAGAUCAGCCAGAAGGAGAAGGAACUGGCCGAGAUCCAGAAAACCAACAAGAAGCUUAAUGCCGAUAUCAAGGAGAAGGAAGCCACGCUGACGGCCUCCCAGGCGAAGGUCAAGGAUCUCAACCGGGAAGUCCAACAGAAGAAAGAUCAGAUCAAAGACUUCGAGGCUCAAAACGCUAAGCUCCAGAUUGACAUUGAGAACAAGAAAGCCGAGAUCGAAAGGAUCAAAGAGGAGAGGAGGACGCUUAACACUGAGGCGGACAAGAGCAUCGCGAGGAUUGAAGGUCUCGAACGCAAGAUCAAAGAGCUCACCGGCAGCUCCGCAGAGAAAGAAGCCCAAAUGAAGCAAUAUCAGGCCGACCUCGCUGCAAAGGCGGAGACCGAAGCCCGCAUCAAGCAGCUUGAGCGUGAUCUCGCCACCAAAUCGAAUUCGCUGGCGGAGUUCGAGAAGAAGUACAAGCGGGCCAACAUGGAUGCCAACAACUACCGCAGCUCGUUGGCGCACACCCAAGGCGAGGUUGCCAAGCUGGAAGAGGAAAUUAAAACGACCAAGGGCGAUGUGCAGUACUGGGAGGAUCAGAUGAUCAUGAAUCAAGAGGAGACUCAGAAGAUCCAGGACCAAGUCGACAGGUUGAAAAUGGAUGUCAAGGACAAGAACAAGAUCCUGGAGGAUCACGAGAAGGAAAUCCAGACGCUUAAGGAUACUGCCACGCGGCUUUCUCAGGAUCUCAUACACAAGAAGUCCGAGUUGGAGGGAUCUAACUCUGAGCUUCAGCGUGUCAAGAACCAAGUCGCUCAACUUACGCAGGACAAUAAGGACCAGCGGGUUGUGGUCGACACGAAAGAUGGCGAAAUUAGGAAGUUGCAGAGGGAGGUUGAUGAUCUGAACACCCAUGUGAUGGACAAGGGAGACCAGUUGAUGAAAAGAGGCGAAGACAUCAAGAAGCUCCGGGAUGAAAUCAAGAACUUCAAAAAGGACAUCAGUGACCACGAGACUACUCUAGAAGAGACGAUGGCUGAAAUCGAAAAGCUGUCGGCUGACAACAAGCAGCUCACCGCUGAAAUCAGUAGCUACAAAGACAAACUAAAGCAAUCUCAAACCGAGGCUGAUGCUCUCAACAAUGACAUCAAAGACAUGAAAUCCACCAAAGAGAAGCUUGGCCAGGAUGCUAAAGCCAAAGAGACCGUCCUGGCUGAGAAAAUGAAGGAGAUCCAAGGCCUCAAGGACAGCAUCAAUAGGUUGAACCAGGACAUCAGCACCAAGAACGCCACCCUGGAUGACAAGAGGGAGAUAAUUGAUCAGCUCAAGGACGAUAUCAAAACAGCCAACAGCACCAUCGACACGUUGAGGAAGGAUGUCAAGGAUAAGGAUGCCAUCCUCGCUCACAAGACGAAGGACGUCGUUGCUAGAGAUGCUGAACUUGCCAAACUCAAGGCAGAGAUUGCUUCCAAAAACGCUGCCCUCGCCAAAAAGACGGAAGAAGCCAAGGCGUUCGAAAAGAACGUCCAGACACUUACCGACCAAGCCAAGGGGUUGAAUCAGGACGUCGCCACCAAAACUACCCAGCUCGCGCAAGACCGAGCCACGAUUUCUAAACUCAACAAGGACAUCUUUGAUCUCAAGACUGAUGUGACAAAGCUAAAACAAGAGCUCAGCACCAAGGACGCCAAUCUGACACAGAAGGCGGGCGAGAUUGGUUCUCGAGAUGCUGGCCUUGCCAAACUGCGGGAAGAGCUCCGUGCCAAAGAGGCUGCCCUGGCAAAGAAGACCGAGGAAGCCAGCAGUCUUGAGAAGAACGUCAAGAAACUGACCGACGAAGCUACGGGGUUGAAAAAAGAUGUCACCAGCAGAGAUACUCAACUCGCCCAGGACAAGGACGCGAUCUCCAAGCUUGAAAAGGAUAUUGCGAAGCUGAACCAAGAGCUCAGUACCAAGGACGCUAGUCUGACGCAAAAAACGGGUGAAGUUGGCUCGAAGAACGCUGAGCUUGCUAAGCUACGGGAGGAGAUUCGUGUCAAAGAAACUGCCUUAGCAAAGAAGACCGAAGAACUCAAAGGGUUGAAUCAAAGUGUCGACGCAAAAGACACUCAACUUGCCCAGGAUAAGAUCAAGAUUGAGAGGCUUGAGAAGGAGGUCAAGGGUCUCACAGCCGACAUUGUGAAGUUGAGAGAAGACGUGGCUUUCAAGGAUAAGAGCUUCGCUAAAAAAGCCGAGGCAGUCGAUCACCUAAAGGCAGACAUUACCGAACUCAACAGCGAAGUAGCGAAGCUGAAGAAGGAAGGUACCAAUAAGGACGCCGCCAUACUGGGGAAAGAGAAAGAACUCGUCAGUCUUCGCAAGGCGGUCCGGGACCUCACCAACCAGGCCAAGCAGUCUGCCCAAGAUUCUAAGAAGUCCGCCGAAGAUCUCGCUAAUAGAGACGCUCUUUUGAAAGAAAAGGAAAAGAAGAUCUUUGAACUCCAACAGGAAAUUCAGAAGGUCAAGGAUACCGCCGAGGAGCUGAAUCAAACCACCAAAACUCGGGACAGUACCCUUUCUCAGAAGAACGAGGAACUGCGUAAGCUUAGGGAGCAGAUCAAGCAACUGGAGGAUGAAGCCAAUAGCCUUAAGAUGGACAAGGAGACGCUUGGUCGGACGAUCAAUACCAGGGAUAGCUCUUUGGAGCAAAAGGAGCAAGAGAUUUCUGGCCUUGAGAAAGAAAUCAAGCGUCUUUCUGAGCAGGCUGCCAAUCUCACACAGGAAAAGGUCGAUUUGGGGCAAAUCGUUGGCGCUAGAGAUGCUUCCCUGCUGCAAGCGAACAAGGACAUCGAUGGCCUCAAGGGCAGCAUCAAGAUACUUGAAGAAAAAGCUGCCGAACUCUCGAAGCUGAACGCUGGACAGGAUCAAACCAUUGGCGAGAAAGAUGCUUCCCUACAGAAAGCCAACGAAGACAUCGACAAUCUCAAGGGAAGUGUCCAGAAACUGGAAAACAAAGCUGCCACGCUCGCAGAAGAAAAGGCUCAAAUGGGCCAAACCAUUGGUGCCCACGAAACUUCCCUGCUCAAAAAGGACGAGGAUAUCAAGAAACUCACGGCAAAUAUCCAGCGACUCACAGCCGAAGCAAAUGAUCUUAAGAAAGGCAUCGAGAACCUUACUGGGGACAUCGCCAUCCAGAACAGGGCCCUCGCGCAAAAAGAGAAGGACAUCCAGAACAUGGAAAAGACCAUCCAGGACCUUAACACUGAAGUCGCCAGGCUCAAGACCAACGCCGCAGAGCACAACCAGAAAACCAUUGCCAAAGAUGCCACAUUGACUGCAAAGAACGAUCAAAUCAGCAAGCUGAACGAUCAAAUCAAGCAGCUUAGGGCCGAAGUCACCAAGCUCAAGAGCGACGCCGCCGACCUGAACCAAGCUACCACGUCCAAAGACAUCGUGCUAGCCCAAAGGAUGGAAGAGAUCAACGGCCUGCGCAACGAAAUGGUGGAACUUAACAAGGCUCUCGACACCAGGGAUACCACUUUCUUGCAAAACACGGACGAGAUCAAUAGACUCAAGGAAAACGUCCGACGACUUGGUGACGAAACUACAAAGCUCAAGAAGGACACUGUGAAGUUGAAGGAGGACAGUAAGAGCUGGGAGGAGACGGUGAAGCAGCGCCAGACGGAAAUCAACAAGCUGAAUGAUAACAUCAAGAACCUGCAGGAGGAAAUUAAGCGGAAGGAGGCGCUUUUGGCAACACGGCAAGGUGAAAUCAAUGCGCUCAAAGACGAAAUCGUCGGCCUCAAGAAGGAUCUCGCCGAAAAGGACGCUCAGCUAAAGAGUCGCGAUGGGGAACUUGGAAAGUUCAGGAAGAGUAUCGCAGCCAAGGAAACUGCCUUGGAGCGACUCGAGAAGGAGAAGACUGCUCUUAGGGAGAAGGUCGAGCAUCUUGAAGGAGAAGUUGGUCGCAGAAGGAGAUCAUUAGACCUCCGUGCGGAUAAGAUCCUGGAGCUCACGAACUCCGAGAGCGCAGCGCGAUUGGACUUGGAUAAGCAGAGAGCCAGAAACAAGAGCCUCGAGGAGACAAAUACCGGACUGCGGAAUCGUGCUGCUAAGGAAGGCGGUUCGCUUGGUCGGUUGGGUGACGAGGUCACGAAGCUUAGCCGCCAACUUCUCGAAAAAGAGAAUGAUCUGGCCAGCCUGCGGGACGAGUGUGACGGUCUGCAGACCGAUAUCCACAACCUUACCAGAGCCCUCGCUGCCGAAGGCGCCAAUGUCUCCCAACGCGACGAACAAAUCGCCCUCCUCAAGCAAGAGCUCACCACAAGACAAGCCGCCCUUGACGCAAAACAGGCAGCCAUCAACACGCUCGAGUCCCAACUCACCGAAGCGCAACAAGCCUACGACAUACUUGCCUCCUCCAACACCACCUCCCAAGAGGAACUUGCCCGCUCCGCCGCCGCCACGCAAGCCCGCCUGUUAGCGUGCGAAGCCGAGAUCGCCUCGCUCCGAUCCGAGAUCACGAAUCUCAACGAGGAUAUUACCGCCAAGAAAACCCAGAUCGCAGAUAACGAAAAGCGCAUCGACACACUGCUUCGCGAGGCGGGGACCAGCGAAGCGCAGCUGGCGAGAAUGAAGAUGACUAUUGCUGAGUUACAAGAGGAGCAGGAAAACCAGCAGAGAUUGUUGGAUGAGUACCAAAGUCGACUUGCACAAGCGGCAACAUCGUCGUCGUCGUCGUCUUCGAGCUCAGAUACUGCAUCGGAUACGUCAUACGAUGACUGUGGCGAGCCGUUGGCUAAAAGGCUGUCAGCUGAUGGGAGCCAGAAGCUGGUGAGGGUGAUUGAUGAUUUUAUGGAGAUGAUUCCUAUGCCCGUGGGAUCGGCGAGCGCGUUGAGUCAGGAGCAGUUGGACCGGUUGUUGGCGGAGGCCAGGAGGGCGUUGCAGGAGGGAGAAGGGGGAGGAGAUGGGAUGACGACGGAUGCGGAGAGGAUGGUAAUGAGGGGGACGAUGAAGAGGGAGUUGGCGAAACAGAGGGAGAAGCAAGAUAAGCUGGAAGGGAUAAUUGAUGGGUUGGAAAUGGAGUUUCAUGGGAGCGUUGCUUCUGAAGGGUCUGCCGCUGAGGCAGCGGCUGCGAGAAGAAAUCACAAGGAGUUGACGGAUCGCUUCAGGGAGUGGUUGGCUUGGAGCCGUGGGCGGACGAGGCUGCUGGAGAGGGAACUGGAUCUCGAUGAGACCCGGCAGAGGCGGGUGGUGGAGAAGCAGGUGACCACGACGUUGGUGAACUUGGAGGUUGCGAGGUUGCCAGAACGCAGAGGCGAGAAAUUGUGUUUCUGCGCUUUGUUGAAGUUUUUCGCGCCCAGUAUUAUGAGGAGAGUUACGAACCAGGGACCGAUAUGUCAGGAUUGCCAGAGGCCCGAGAAGGCGCAACAACUGACGACAACAACGACAUCUCAGGACGUCGUUCUAUCAUCGUUGUACCACGGCCACAACCACCAACACUUGCCCGAAGUCCAAACAGCACUCUGUUACAUCAUGACGGCGCUGCUCUGGUUCGCCAUGCUGGUCUGCAUCCAACCCUACCACUUUGUCACGGUGGGCGUCUCUGGCAUCCUCGCCAUCCUGCGGUUACCACAAUUCCUGCUCGGCUGGGGUAAAUACUACGGUCAAGUUGCCGUCAGACGAUACCGUCACUGGCAAGAGUCAAAAACCAAGAAGAAUACGCCAAGGCCGACAUCGGAUAUCUACGCCGGCUUACAAAAGCCAGUCCUAGGCAUCCCGUCCUGGCUAACAGCCUCAUCGCUUGUCGGCUUCACCGUUGCCCUCCUCUGUGUGGGCAUGACGCUGACAUACUACGCCGUAUUACAGGAGAGGCGAGUGUGGAUGAAUGCCAACGACUGGAGAAGGCCGUACUUGCGCAGCUUGAUUGGGAGAGAACCGUACCCGGGGUGGUCGCCUAUGAAGAUUGACCAUAGGUUUUGGUUUGAGCCGCCGCUGGAAUUUCUGUUGGGAUGGGUGAAUGACUACGUGGUACACCCUCUUUUGUUUGGGAGUGAUUAUGGUGGUAGUACAUGGAGGAAUGGAACGGGGGUAUACGAUGCCGAUGGGACGCCGUUGAUGAUUAGGAGAACACAAUGAGUGGGGGAUAGAAGAUGUUUUGUUUCUCUGACGCUGAAGGGAUAUAUAUUGUUUUA